CGACUUUAGGUACACAGCUUGGCUACGCAACUGCUGCGCCAUAGCUGCCUCGCCCCUACCACCGCCCCCUCUCUCCUCACAUUUUCCACCGGGUACGGACCCUGGAGCAAUUGGGGGAGCAGGGUUGUGAGAAUCCUGGGGUUAUGACGGUGGUCGGCUAUCUUCAGUCGGCCGUGCCUCGCCCGAUCUCCGACACCACCAGCUAUCCUAGAACAGCAUCCAAUAAGCGACAUAGGGAUAAUUAAUCGGCAGCGUUGCUACCCUGGACGUGCAUGGCGGGUACUAAUUUGGAUAAAUAUAUACCUAUACUCUCCUCUCUUCUUCCCAUUGCUAUAGCCCUUUCGCCAUCGCUAGCGCUCAACCUACAUUCGACUCGAGGCCUCUCGCUAUGGCAGGCUUUCUACAGCAGAUCGGAGGCCAGAUGGGCGCCUACGACUUGAUGCGCUUCGCUCUCUUCUCCUCCGUCCUCUAUAACCUCUACUUCCACCCACUCCGGAACAUCCCCGGCCCGCCGCUGUGGAUCGCGUUCCCCAUUGCGAGGACUCUCAGCAUGGUCAAGGGCACCGCCGAGUUCCAGGUGCGUGAUGCCCAUGCGAAGUACGGCGAGGUGGUCCGCCUGGGCCCUAGGUCCGUCUCAUUCAUUACUCCCCAGGCUUGGAAAGAUAUCUACGGCCACGGCCACGCCGAGUUCCCCAAGUUCUACCCCAAGGGAAUCCACAUGGACCCCAAGAAGAUCAUCUCGUCGAAUGCGCCCGACCACUUUCGCUUCCGUCGCGCGAUGCUGCCUGCCUUCUCUGACAAGGCCUUGACGCAGCAGGAGCCGCUUAUACGGGUCUAUGUUGACUUGCUGAUCGAGCGACUGCGAGAGGUGGCCAAGACCGGCAGGUCGACGGACAUGGUUCGGUGGUACAACUUCACCACCUUCGACCUGAUCGGCGACCUGGCGUUCGGCACUUCUCUGAACGGCUUGGAGCAGGGCAAGUCGAAUGCGUGGCUCGACAACAUCUGGAAGCUGAUGAGGUUCAUGCCCGUCCUCGUCCUGAUGGGUGUCUCGCCGAUCCUGGGUUUGAUAAUCAAGCUUACCGCCGGGUCCAAGAUGCGUGACUCUCAGGCCAACCAUAUCGCUCUCGUCGACCAGCUUGUCCAGAGCCGCCUCUACCACAGAAAACAAGCCGACCGAGGCGACUUCAUGGACUAUUUUCUGCGGUCUCGCGGCCAGGCGCACGGGCUGACCGACACCGAGUUGACCGCCAAUAGUGACCUGCUUAUGAUCGCCGGGUCGGAAACCACCGCGACGCUUCUUAGUGGCGUAAUGUACUGGAUGCUGAAGUCGCCGCAUGCGCUCAGGAGAGCCACCGAGGAAGUUCGCGACGCGUUCGGAUCCGACGAGGUCAUCACCCUCAACGAGGCGCGCGCGAAGCUACCCUACAUGAUAGCCUGCCUAGAAGAAGCCCUGCGACUUUUUCCUCCCGUCCCCCUAGCACUAUCGCGCUCGGUACCCGAUGGUCCACCCGUGCAGAUUGCUGGCUACACCAUUCCCCCAAAGACCACCGUCGGCGUUCACCAUCUUUCGGCCUAUUACUCCGAGAUCAACUUCCACCGGGCGCGAGAAUUCGUUCCGGAGCGGUGGCUGCCCGAGUCCGUCACGAACCCGGCAUCACCCUUCUACCAUGACCGUCGCGAUAUUCAUCGUCCGUUCAGCUUUGGGCCGCGCGACUGUAUCGGGCGAAACUUGGCGUACCACGAGGUGCGCCUGAUCAUGGCUAGGGUCCUAUGGAAUUUCGAUCUCACCUUAGACGCCAAGUCCGACGGCUGGCAUGGCCAGCGGAUCUUCUCGCUUUGGGAGAAGCAGCCGUUGGAAGUGGUUAUCACGCCGCGGAAGGCCUGAGCGGCACAGACUAGACGAACCCGAGGCGGUAUCGGAUAUUAUUAGCAAUAGUGGAUUCAUUUGGGGUUACGCGUAGACAAUACCCUGCUCUGAUGGUAUUUUCUCUUUUUUUUUUGAACCCCCGGCUAAGAUCCAGCCGGAACGGCUCGGUGGCGUUGUCGAGUGUUAAAGCAGGUGGGCGAACUUAACCCUUACAGCAGUCCCAGGGACGGCUUAGAUGUAUGGAUGUGCUAUACGACAUCUGUAGUUACGGCGGUAAUAUAUAAUGCGUACACCGUGAGACCCUUGGUCUCUAUCUUAUAUACCACCGUUUACAUUUGCACUUGUAUUUCAUAUACUUGGCAUACUUACGUAAUAUAUACUGCCCACAUGUGCUAC